AUGAGUCCCCAACCGCAGCACACCUCACUGAUACAAGUGGAAGAAUUGCAUCAGGUCCCCAACCUCAGCACACCUCAAUACACAAGUCCCCAAGCUAAGCUCAGUUCACAGAUACAAAUAUAUCCUAUGAUUCUGGUGUCUGCCACUUUCGUGAAACGACCCCUAGGUCAGCACACCUCAAAACACAAGACCCCUAGCUCAGCUCAUCUUAAAACACAAGUGUUUCCUGUGAUUCUGGUGUCUACCACUUUCGUGGAACCACCAAAAACUAAAUGCAACUUGUUGGAGCAAAUUGAUGCUGAUUUCAACUGGGAUAGAUUUAUCACCUACUUUGUCCCCGAUAGCACCAGGAUUAUGGUUAACAUUCCUAGGCACAAGAAACCAAAGAUAUCAGAAAUCCCUUACUCUUCCGAUAUCGUCAAUAUCUAA